AUGUUGAAGAUCACUACUAUAUUAGUUUUAAUGUGCAUUGGCACUCUAUCAGCAGGGGGCAAGUCAUGUAAUUCUUGCGGUCCCGAGUGCGCGCCUGCUUGUGGCACCAGGUACUUCCGUACCUGCUGCUUCAAUUACCUGAGGAGGAAGAGGGGCCCGGAUAUGACGCAGAUUCCACCUAAAGAUCUUCUUCAUUUGAUACCAGAGAACAAGCAACUUGCGGAAGAGUACGAAAUAUGGGAAUCAUCUCCAAGCGACUAUGAACUAUAUGACAAGAUAUAUAAAGUUGAUAAUACACUGCACAAUGUUUUUGCCUAAUGUUGUGUAUAAUGGCUGCUGCUUUUAGCGAUAAGACCGCCUUAUAUACAUAUUUAUGUUUUCCUUUCUAUGUAAAAAUUCCCUCUGUUAGUGUACAAUAAAUGUAUUCUAUUGUAUUGUAUUGAAUCGUAUUGUAUAAACAAAUAUAAAUCGCUGAAAUGGAUGUACACACAUAGCUUCCGAAUUGCAAGGAUUGUAUAAAAAAUUAAAAAAUCAUAGUUGUAGUAUAUAAA